AGGAGUGCUAAAUGAAAGUCGUCUGCUGCUGGCAUAAACAGAUCAUUGGACUUCCCUGCAAUGCCACCUUCCUGAAAUCAAACAAUCUUCAGAUGUUAUAAGGUCAAGUUUACGAAUAUCUUGUUAAGAUGGAUCCUCGCCAGAUCAAACAGGUAUUAGUGACUGUUCCUCUGUCUAUGCCCCAAACCAUGCCAGCCCAAAGGAGAAGUAAAGGGCUCUGUGGCUGCUUCGGCAGUAACGAGCCUCCAGAGAUCACUUACCAUGUCGUGGAAAACGGUGGAAUCAUCAAUCUGCAGCCGCAUCCCCUCACUCCCACACAGCCAAUGCCUGACGAAGAGGAAUUAAACGCAAAAUUUGCAGAAUUAGUGGAAGAACUUGAUCUUACAGCAUCCAAAAAGGAAAUUAUGUUCAAUCUUCCACCUGAGAAGAAAUGGCAAUUGUAUCUCAGUAAGAAAAUGGAACAAGAUGAGCCAACAACACACUAUCCCGAUUAUUAUAUUGAAAAGGUGGUGUCCAUGUCAAUGCUGUUGUUUCCAAGAGAGGAAGAAGAAAUCAUGGCAAGGGCAAAAUUACUGGAUAAUUUAAAAACAGCUCUACGAACUCAGCCAAACAGUUUCGUUAUGCGCUUUUUGGAACAAGAUGGCCUUUCUGGAAUUUUGAAUUUUUUGCUGAGUAUGGAUUAUAAUACAGCUGAGAGUCCAAUUCAUACUUCUCUUAUUGGUUGUGUAAAGGCGCUCAUGAAUAACUCUAACGGCCGUGCCCAUGUUCUUGCUCAUCCAACAGCCAUCAAUGUUAUUGCUCAGAGUUUGAAGGUUGAAAAUAUAAAAACAAAAACUGCGGUACUUGAGAUAUUAGGUGCUAUGUGCUUGGUUCCUGGAGGGCAUAAGAAAGUUCUGGAAGCAAUGUUACAUUUCCAAAAGUUUGCAGCUGAAAGAACUCGGUUUUCGACGGUUGUAAAUGAUUUAGAUCGAAGUACUGGCUUAUACCAUGAUGAAGUCAGUCUGAAAACAGCUAUAAUGUCCUUCAUUAAUGCCAUAAUUAAUUAUGGUCCUGGUGAAGAUCAUUUGGAAUUUCGCUUGCACCUGCGUUAUGAAUUUCUCAUGUUAGGUAUUCAGCCGAUCAUGGAGAAACUCAGGCGCCAUGAAAAUGCUACACUUGACAGGCAUUUGGAUAUUUUUGAAAUGGUUCGUAAUGAAGAUGAAAAAGAAAUGGCCCGGAAAUUUGAAUGUGUGCAUAUUGACACAAAAAGUGCUAAAAGUAUGGUUGAGGUGCUAAAGAAAAAAAUAUCUCACACUCCUGCUUAUCCUCAUUUUUUAUCAUUACUGUAUCAUUGCAUACAACUUCCUUUGGAUUACAGUGCAUGCCCGCAACAUUGGAUCCUAUUUGACAGAAUAGUUCAGCAAAUUAUAUUACAAGGAGAAAAUGGGGAGAAUCCUGAUGUUUCUCCGAUAAAUAUCAAUGUCAGAGAAAUUGUACAACUGCUAGCUACGGAAGAAGAAGUGAAACAAGCGAAAAGGAAAGCAGAAGAAAUGGUACAAGAAAAUUCUGAAUUGUCUAGUCAAUUGCUGAAGAAAGAACAAGAGCUUGAACAACUAAGUCAGGAAAAAGAAGAUCUUCAGUCUGCCCUCAAUAAAAUGAAACACAAAUUAGAGAAAGAGACUGUAGGACAUUUAGAAGCUAAUCAGAAAAUUGCUGAGCUUGAGUAUAGGAUAAAUGAAUUAAACAUUAUGCUGGAAAUGGAAAAACAACAAAGAACACAAGUGGAAAAUCUGGCAAAGGCAGGUUGUCUGUCUGAUGAUGCCAAGGCUGGUAUAAGGCCUGCUUCAAGUAUUGUUCCAUGUCCUCCUCCUCCACCGCCACCACCUCAUGCUCUACCUCCAAAUCCACCACCUGCUCCCCCAGGACCUCCACCUCCUCCUCCUCUUCGUAUCGGAUCUCUAACAGACAAACCAGUCAAAUCAUUUAUGAAAAAUAUACCACAACCAUCUAAUCCCCUUAAGUCUUUCAAUUGGUGCAAAUUGCCCGAGAGUAAAUUAGAAGGAACAGUUUGGGAAGAACUUGAUGACACCAAACUGUACAAGGAAAUAGAUUUGAUGGAUUUUGAUAAAACAUUUUCAGCAUACCAAAAGCAACAAGUGACUGGGUCUGUUGAAGAAGAUAUCCCUGCUGUUGUUACGAGAGCUACUUUGAAGUCUCGAGAACUUUCUGUUAUAGAUGGUCGAAGAGCUCAGAACUGUACGAUAUUGCUAUCAAAGCUCCGACUUUCAAAUGAAGAAAUAUGUAAAGCUAUUUUGAGUAUGGAUAAUAAAGAACAGCUGCCUAAAGAUAUGGUUGAACAGCUUCUGAAAUUUAUGCCUAGUCACGAAGAGAAAGCAUUGUUAGAGGAACAUAGUAUGGAAAUUGAUAGUAUGGCUCGUGCCGAUCGUUUUCUGUUUGAAAUAAGCAAAAUUAUUCAUUAUGAGCAAAGAAUUCGAACAUUGUUCUAUAAAAAGAAAUUUCAGGAAAGAGUUUCUGAUGCUAAGCCAAAAAUAGAAGCCGUUUUAGAAGCAUCUAAAGAACUUCAUAGAAGCAAACGGUUAAAGCGACUUCUGGAGCUUAUACUUGCAUUUGGAAAUUACAUGAAUCGGGGUGCUAGGGGUAAUGCAUCAGGAUUUCAUCUUUCCAGCUUAAAUAGAAUUGUAGAUACAAAAUCAAGCAUCAAUAGAAAUCUGACAUUGUUGCAUUAUAUUAUUGACACUCUUGAGAAAAAAUUUAAAGAUGUUUUAAAAAUUGAAGAAGACAUCCAUCAUGUUAGGCAAGCAGCAAAAGUAAAUUUGAAUGAACUUACGAAAGAAAUCCAGAGUUUAAAAUCUGGUCUUCAAGAAGUACAGAAGGAACUGGAAUUUCAUCGCUCACAACCGCCCCAACAUGGAGACAAAUUUGUUCCUGUGAUGAAAGAGUUCAUUACUACUGCAACUUAUAGAUUUUCUGAAUUAGAGGACACAUUUCAAGAGAUGAAACAGAGGUACGAACAAGUUGUCAAGCAUUUUGGUGAAGAUCCCUCUCAUAUGCAACCAGAUGAAUUCUUUGCCAUAUUCGAUACAUUCCUCACAUCUUUUAACGAAGCCCGGCAGGAUAAUGAAACAUUUAGAAGGAAACGAGAAGAUGAUGAAAAAAGGGCCAAGCAAGAUACAGAGAGAAAAUCCCAUGUUGACAGAUCAAGCAAGGAAAAUGGGCUCAAAGGUUCUUCUGGAGUUCGUAAUGGUAGUAUCAACGGAUUAAGAGCAGUUAAAGCCGGAUCCGAAAAAGGCGAAUUUGAUGAUUUGAUAUCUGCUCUUCGAACUGGCGAUGUAUUUGGAGAGGAUUUUACAAAAAGUCGUCGCAACAGAAGAAAAGGAAGUCAAACUUUGCUUCUUCAUCAGUCUAGCAGCCAGUCAAAUGAUAAUGUUCAGUGGAGAAGUAUUCCUAGAGAGUCUAGCAGAGAUCGAGUCAUAACACAAAAACUGAAAGUUUAAUGAUGUUUUAAUGUUUUACAUACUUCUGCACAAAGCAAAUACAAAUCCUUUGAUACAAAUUGUAUAAAUAUUUCUCAAGAACUGUAAAAAUUCCAAAUCAUCGUAAAAAAAUUCCAAAUCAUCGUUAAUGAGAAAAGGAUUUAUUGUGAACAUAUGUAUGAUUUGCAAUUGAAAUUAGUUAUACCUGAAAAAUUACAAAUUGUUGGGUGCUAUUUCUGUUUUAUAAGAAAUGAUAGUCUAGUCAUUUGAGAUUCAGAGAUUCUUCUAUCUGGAUCAGAGAUCUUCUUAAACUAUUAUCUUUUUAGUAAUCAAAUUUAUGAAAAUUUAAACUGUUACAAGAUAAAUGAUUGAAAUUAAGAUUGUGAAUAAUCAGUUUUGUAUUUCUUUCUAAAAAAUAAGCUUACUCUGAAACCCGUCAUAACUAUGUAUAAAAUCAAACGGUAGCAGUAUUUUAUGCUAAUUACUUAAUUAUACAUUUAAUUUAAUUGCCUUCUUUUGUAAAUGAUAUUUCAUUUCUUUUAUUAGUCCUUCCUUAAUUGUG